AUGUGUUCAGCUCGUCUGUCUGUUCCUGUCAUCAGCAGAGACUGUUCAUCAUCAUCAUCUUCAUCAUCAUCAUCAUCAUCACAGCAGAAUUGUUCACUGUUGUGUUCAGUGGUGAAUGUGGGUCAUGUGACUCUCUCCUGGUACAAAGGAAACAGUUUAUUGUCCAGCAUCAGUGUGUCUGAUCUCAGCAUCAGUCUCUCUCUACCUCUGGAGGUGGAAUAUCAGGAGAAAAACAGCUACAGCUGUGUGAUCAACAAUCCCAUCACAAACCAGACCACACAUCUGGACAUCAGCAAACUCUGUCAACCAUGUUCAGCUCGUCUUCCUGUUCCUGUCAUCAGCAGAAACUCUUCACAAUGUUCUUCAUCAUCUUCAUCAUCACAGCAGAAUUGUUCACUGUUGUGUUCAGUGGUGAAUGUGGGUCAUGUGACUCUCUCCUGGUACAAAGGAAACAGUUUAUUGUCCAGCAUCAGUGUGUCUGAUCUCAGCAUCAGUCUCUCUCUACCUCUGGAGGUGGAAUAUCAGGAGAAAAACAGCUACAGCUGUGUGAUCAACAAUCCCAUCAGAAACCAGACCACACAUCUGGACAUCAGCAAACUCUGUCAACCUUGUUCAGCUUAUCUUUCUGUUCCUGUCAUCAUCAGAAACUCUUCACAAUGUUCUUCAUCAUCUUCAUCAUCACAGCAGAAUUGUUCAUUGUUGUGUUCAGUGGUGAAUGUGGGUCAUGUGACUCUCUCCUGGUACAAAGGAAACAGUUUAUUGUCCAGCAUCAGUGUGUCUGAUCUCAGCAUCAGUCUCUCUCUACCUCUGGAGGUGGAAUAUCAGGAGAAAAACAGCUACAGCUGUGUGAUCAACAAUCCCAUCAGAAACCACACCACACAUCUGGACAUCAGCAAACUCUGUCAACCAUGUUCAGAGGUUCACAUCAGUUGUUGUGAUACAGUUGAAGCUGUGAUGCGAUUGGUCGUCACUGCUCUGGUGGGCGUGGCUGCUGCAGCUGCUGCUGUUCUUCUGAUCAAUGAUAUCAGAUCUGCUAGAGGAUAAAAGAAGAA